UCUCUCCCCCUCCUCCGGUCGCUCCUCUCCUCCACACGCUCAAAACGCUCUGUCAUGGCGUCUUCCAACCAUGUUACCCCCACCAAGUGUGGCUGGUGGCCCAUCUCGGCGAUGGACGAGGACGGCAAAAUGACAGACGGGGACGAGUGCGACGACCCCUGCACGGCCGAACCCAAAGCGCUCAACAAAGACAGACUGGUUUUGUACCAUUGGACGCAGUCUUUUGCCUCCCAGAAGGUCCGUCUGGUGAUCAACGAGAAGGGUCUGGUGUGCGAGGAGAGAGACGUCAGCCUGCCGCUGCAGGAGCACAAGGAGCCGUGGUUCAUGAGGCUUAACCUGGGAGAGGAGGUGCCCGUCUUCCUCCACGGCGACAACAUCAUCAGUGACUACAACCAGAUUAUAGACUACUUGGAGACCAAUUUUGUGGGAGACUCGGUGGCUCAGUUGAUUCCCGCGGCAGACUCGCCAGUUCACGGGCGAGUCCAACAGUACCGCCAGCUGCUGGACGGCCUCCCCAUGGAUGCGUACACUCACGGCUGCAUCCUCCACCCGGAGCUCACCACCGACUCUAUGAUCCCAAAGUACGCCACUGCUGAAAUACGUCGGCAUUUGGUCAACGCAGCGACAGAAUUGAUGAAGUUAGACCACGAGGAACCACAACUGACAGAACCUUACCUGUCCAAGCAAAAGAAGCUCAUGGCAAAGAUCUUGGACCAUGACAAUGUCAACUACCUGAAGAAAAUCCUGGGAGAGUUGGCAAUGGUUUUAGAUCAAGUGGAGGCCGAACUGGAAAAAAGGAAACUGGAGUACCAAGGUCAAAAGUGUGAGUUGUGGCUAUGCGGACCAGACUUUACACUAGCCGAUAUCUGCCUGGGCGCUUUGCUGCACAGGCUCAAGUUCUUAGGACUUUCUAAGAAGUACUGGGAGGACGGCAGUCGGCCCAACCUGCAGACCUUUUUUCUGCGUGUGCAAAAACGCUACGCUUUCCGCAAGGUCCUGGGCGACAUCCACACGACGCUCCUGUCGGCGGUCCUGCCCAACGCCUUCCGAAUGGUCAAAAAGAAGCCGCCGUCCUUUUUCGGGGCCUCCUUUCUUAUGGGAUCCCUCGGCGGCAUGGGCUACUUUGCCUACUGGUUUUUAAAAAAGAAAUACAUGUAGUGAAUGCUCUCUCGGUGUGUUCAAUGUCUGUUCCGCGUGUGAUGUUUGAACUUUUCUGUAACAUUGGACGACUGCAGGAAAACCGUACCGAAUAGAGGAAACGCCAAUACUUAGUGUACUCGUGCGAGUAAAGAUACACACUAUGAAAACAUUCCAUAAGAAGACAUUCUUGACUGCACAUUUUCGGGUACUUGCAGCCUUCAUCGAGCUCCUUUGCUCUUCUUUGCCCUUUGUUCAAGGCAUGCAACCGGUUCACUUAUAAAUACACUGCACUCCAAUGAAACUAGUGCAAGUCUCACUCACGCACACGCACGCGCACACAGAGGGGUUAAGUGACCUUGGCACGCCGGGCGCGACUCCUCGUCAUUUACUCAUCGCUGCUGGAAGCACGAAACCGCAGGAAAAUGUUUCCCUUCUGAAUUGGGGCCCGUGUCCAAAACAGAAAGUAGUUACGAUAAAACAUCUUAAGCCUUCGACUUCCCGAAGCUAAAAAGUGCCAGUUUUUUUCAGCAUGUAAAAUGCAGCUUUUACCUGACUAUAAUUACAAUCAAAUGUUAGAGUCAACUGCUAAAUUGUCAUUAUUGUUGUUGAAAAAAGUAUUUAUGUUGAUUCUCAUAAGAUUACAUUUUCUCAAAACAUUUACGUUAUCCUCCCAAAAUAUCCAUAUGCUAAAAUAAACAAAAAAAUGUAAAAGCAAACCUAAUUCUUGUCAGGCUUCAUUCUAAAAAAUAAAAAUAAAUAAAAAUCGGAUUCUUUUUGUCAAAUUCUUAUUGUAAUAUUGUCACUUUUCCCUCAAAAAAUUACUUUCUUCCUGAGACAAUAUGACAAUUUCAUCAGACGAUGAAUUGGUGAAACUCUUUCUCAUAAGAGAGUUACUUUUUUUCAAGAAAUGCAACUGUACUGAAACAAAUUUGAGUUUAUUAUCAUCAUCAUCAUAUUGACUAAUUUGCCAAAAAGACCAAGUCUGGAAAAAACAUUGACUUUUUUUCCCCAACUAAAAUACCACUAUGCUAAAAAAAGGAUUUUUGUCUUUAAAAAAAGUUACUUAAUUUUGAGUUAAUGCUCUAUAGAAAAUGAGUAUAUUCUCAUCAGAUUACAAAUUUUCCCCUUAUUGAUUUCUGACCUUAUUUGCCAAAGAUGACGACUCACAAAUAGUAUGACUAUACUUAAAUAGUGUUCAUUAAAGUGUUUAUUGUUAGAUUUUUUGGGGGGGGGUCAAAAAAUUUCAUUUAACAACACAUUUUUGUUGACCCAAAAAAAUAAUGUGUAAAGGUUACAGUUUUAUGUAAAAUAAGUGAUUAAAUUCCCAGUUAAUGCUCUAUUAUCCCCCCCCCCACCCCCCACCAGAUAAACACUUUUUGGUGAAAUAAUUUUGACAUUAUUCUUAAACUCUGACUUUCCCCUAGAAUAAAAUACAACUGCAUUCUUAAAGGAGCACAACUUUGUGGUAUAACUUCUAAUCUAAAA